UACCAUAGAUCAUAUCUAUAGGAAAAUUUCCAUAGAAGUAAGCAUUCUAAGUUCAUUAAUUCACAUCAACCAUGGCAAAAUCUUCAUCAUUCUCCAUAACAUUUUUCAUCUCUAUAAUAUCCUUUGCCACUGCCACUAAAUACUAUCAAAGCCUAUCCCCAACAAUGUUAGGUUUUCAAGAAGAAAAAUUCACCCACCUUCACUUCUACUUUCACGACAUCGUCACAGGCCCAAAACCAAGCAUGGUAUUUGUAGCCGAACCUAAUGGUAAGGCAAAAAACGCCUUGCCAUUUGGGACGGUUGUGGCGAUGGACGAUCCGUUAACGGCCGGACCCGAACGUGACUCGAAACUUGUAGGCAAGGCACAAGGAAUUUAUAUUUCUAUAUCACAAGAAGAGAUGGGACUAAUGAUGGUGAUGACUAUGGCGUUUUCAGAUGGAGAGUUUAAUGGAAGCACACUUAACAUAUUAGGUAGGAACAUGAUCAUGAGUGAAGCUGUUAGAGAAAUGGCCAUUGUUGGUGGGACUGGAGCUUUUCGGUUCGUUCGUGGAUAUGCUCAGGCCAAGUUUUUUUCUGUUGAUUUCACCACAGGAGAUGCUAUUGUGGAAUAUGAUGUAUUUGUGUUCCAUUAUUAAUUAGAUACAAAUAUAUUAUUCGGCAAAAAAUGGUGUAUGACAAAAUAUGUUCGAUGCUAACAAGAAAUUUUAUGUAUAAAAGAAACAGCACAAGAGUGUAGAAACAUUAGAAGACAAUUGUUAGCUAUGACUUUUGAUGUCAAAAAUUGAUGGAUGUGUCUUAUACUUGUGUUUUAUGCAUAAUGUUAUAGUGAAGUGAAGAUAUAUCAUUAAAUAUA